UUUCGCUAGCCUGAUAGACACAGCAGUGAAGUCAACAGCAGGAGUGUUGUCUGGAUGCCUGCAGUAAAGCAUGGCUGUGUUUGAGAGCUGCUCCGUGCUUUUGGAGCUGAAAAACUUGCCGUUCAAGGAAAAGAAGAAGUUGAAGUCAGCUGUAACAGAGAAUGGAGGCAACAUCUCCUUUGUGGUCAACAAACAGUGCUCUCUGAUUGUGACCAAUGACAUAUCCAACCUGAGCUCCAACAGGCUUCGUAGUGUCCAGAAAUACCAAACGCCCGUGGUCGGGAUGGAUUAUGUGUACAGCUGUCUGGGGAGAGGAGUUCUUCUGCCUGUGGAUGAAUACAAGCUGGAUACUUCCUGUCUCUCUGCUUUUUCUCCUGCUCUUUCUCUCUCCUCACCAAGGCGAGAUCCACUCUCACAUCAAGUAACUGAUAUACUGACAAGUAGAGCAGUUGCUGAGCCAUCCAAAGGUCAAGCUGAGCCUGUGGACUCUAUAAGCCUGACUCAGAGGGUGGAGACUCAAGAAAGGAGUGGAAGCAUUCUGGAAAGGUUCAGAAUUUAUACUGAAACUGAUCAUGAUAUUCCAACAUACCCGGAUCAUUUUCAAGUGGCCAAAUAUUCCAUCUUUGAAAAGAUUAACAGCAACACUUGGUGCAUUCUGGAGCUGCAGAGUGCCAAAGGAAAGAAAGGGCGGCAAUACCGUGUGGUCAAGUAUUGGAAGGACGAUAUAGGAGCUAAUAAGGCAGCAGUGAGGGAUAUGCUGGCAUUUCUGUCCACCUCAGAGGAAGCUCUAGAGAUGUACCAGGCCUUGAAAGAGACCCUGCAGGCUUCAGGUCUGCAGUUCAGGACCAGCAUCCCUCCGCAGGCCCGUGACCUGGGCUCCCUCCCCCUCCAGCAGCUGCUGCUGGAGGAGAAGCUGAGCACAGGAAGCUUGUCGCAGGAUGUGGGCUUGUUUGUGGAGCUGCUGUGGACCGAGGCCCUGGGUUGCCUUGGCAACAUCCUCAGAGUUUCAGUCGACAAACUCAGCCUCAAUGAUGUGAGCAGGGCGGAGGGCUUGUUGAUUCAGGCUCAAAGAAAGCAGAGAGAGGGGAAUUAUGCUGAGGUGAUGUCCCUUCUGGAUGAGGUUUACACCCUGCUGCCACACAGAGAGCCCCAUCCACCUCCCAAUGCCAAGCUCAUCUCUCAGAAACUGGACCUCUGUCAGUUAAUCAGAGAUGUUCUGAAUGUGAGUGAGAUGACCCUGAGAAGCCCCGCCCCUUCCUGUCUGGGGAAGUAUCGUGCUCUGAGGUGCAGCAUUGAACUCGUUCCCCCUAACAGCUCUGAGUUUCAGGAUGUGACUGCUCUGCUGCAGGACAGCGCGGUGCAGAUCCAGCAGGUUCUACGUGUUAGCAGAGGGGUGGAACUUCAGACUUUUAAAAGUGAGCUGGGGAACAUUAAGUCCCUCCUCCACUCCUCCAGCCCCAGCAACUUUGUAGGAAUCCUGUCUCGUGGUCUGCUGCUGCCUCGUGUUGGAGUGGAGCAUCAUGGGAUAGAAAGAACAGAUGUUGGGAAUCUUGGAAGUGGAAUCUACUUUAGCAAUGCUGCGAGCACCAGUCUGAAAUACUCCAAGCCCAGUGUGACAGAUGGUUCUCGGUUGCUGCUGGUGUGUGAUGUGGCAUUGGGAGGGUGCAAGGCCGUCCACAAGAGAGACCCCACACUGACCCAAGCCCCUGAGGGACACGACAGUGUGCAUGGGGUCCGCCGUACCCCAAACACUCAGUCUGAGUUUGAGGAUGAUGAGUACGUGGUGUACAGUCCCGAUCAGGUGAAGCUGAACUACGUGGUUCAGUUCAGCAUCAAUGGAGACCAAAUGCAGGAGUUCAGUCCUUCUAUCAACACCUCAGCUGAGCCGUGUCUGCCCUCCUGUGACCAAGUGAUGAGUUCUGAGGAUGACAGGAUUGAAAGCAUUAAAAACCCACUGGAGGAUGUGACAGCUGGACUGUUGGACAGUUCUGGUCAGCAGCUCCCUCUGCAGGCCGUCCAUGUGAAGUGCAAACUGAUGGAUCUGCUCUCUCAGGUCAUCAUCUUCCAAAAAUACACCAAUCUUAGCUCUGUGCCCAUUGAGGCGAAGUACGUCUUCCCAUUGGAUGAUUCUGCAGCAGUGUGCGGAUUUGAAGCUUUCAUCAAUGGGAAACAUGUGGUGGGACAGGUGAAGGAGAAAGAGAAAGCUCGCAAGGAGUACAAGCAGGCUAUCGAGAAAGGCCAUGGAGCCUACCUCAUGGACCAGGAUGCUCCCGACGUGUUCACUAUUAGUGUGGGCAAUCUGCCGCCCGGUGCAACUGUCCUCAUCAAAGUUACCUUUGUGUCUGAACUGAUCGUCAGAGACGAGAGUAUUUUUUUCUCCCUGCCUGGGAGUGUUGCUCCGUGGCAGGAGAGUGCAGCGCUCAACCAGACCACACAAGUCACUGUGGAGAAAGUGUGUGUGACCGAUGAGGCAGCAAGUACAAGAGAGUUCACCCUGGACAUGUCAAUUGAGAUGCCCUAUGAGAUCACCAGCCUGCAAUGCAUCACUCACAAAGUCAAGAUGAAGAGAACAGACUGUAAAGCCGUGGUGAGCGUGCUGCCAGGAGAAGUGAUGGGUCCAGAGGGUUUCCAGCUCCUAGUCACUCUGUCUGAGGUUCACCUGCCCAGGAUGUGGGUGGAGAAACACCCUGACAAGGACAGCCAGGCCUGCAUGUUAGUUUUCUAUCCAGACUUUGACGCAACCUCCAGUCCAGCAUGUGAUGAAGUCAUCCUGUUGCUGGACACGUCUGAGUCCAUGAGGGGGGAGUCUCUCCGUACAGCCCAGAGACUCGCCCUGCAGGUCCUCAAAACCCUCGACCAUAACCUCAGACUCAAUGUCAUCUUCUUUGGCACAGAUCAUACAGAUGCUUUCCAGACAGCGCAGCCGCUUAUUGAAGCUCGUCAGGCUGCCGAGAGCUUCAUCAAGCGCUUUUCUCCAGUAGGGGGCAGCACUGAGCUGUGGCGGCCCCUGCGAGCUCUCAGCCUUCUGCCUCCAUCCCGUGGUGUCAGGAAUCUGCUGCUACUGUCGGACGGCCAUGUCCAGAAUGCGGAGCUCACCUUGCAGCUGCUCAGAGACAACGCCCAACACAGCCGCCUCUUCACCUGCGGCCUCAGCCCGACAGCCAAUCGGCACAUGCUGAGAGCCCUGGCCCAGGCAGGGGGCGGAGCCUAUGAAUUCUUUGACACAAAAACCCGACACAACUGGACAGAGAAGGUGGCAUCUCAGGUGAAGCGUAUGGCAUCUCCUGGCUGCAGCUCAGUGGCAGUGAAGUGGCAACAGUUCAACCCAACAGCGCCCCCUCCUGUGCAAGCCCCCAAGCAGCUCCAUGCUUUGUUCAAUGACUGCCACACUCUAGUCUACGGUUUUGUGCCAAACUGCACUCAGGCCACCCUCCUUGGCAACCUGAGUGGUCAGGAGCUGAAAACCAUGGUGUCCACCAGUGAGCUGCAGAAAUCCAGGGGCACAUUUCUUCACAAGCUCACAGCGAGGGCCCUCAUCAGGGAUUAUGAAGACGGAAGCCUUGAUACCAGUGAAGCUGAACAUGAGGGGAAGAAAGCUGAGCUGAAGUCCUUCAUCAUUGAGUUAAGCAAAGAGUUCAGCAUCCUGUCUCAGUUCACCAGCUUUGUGGCCAUUGAAGAAAGGGACUCAGACCAAACAGAGGGCUUCACAGACAUCCCCAAGUUAAUCGCAGAGGAAGAUGUUGACUUCCUCCCCUACAUCAGCUGGAUGUCUCGUCAGGACUCCAGAGAGGAAAAGGAAGUGGAGUGUUUUGAUGAUGCUUGUGACAGUUGGUCUAUGGAGAAAGUGUUGGUUGGAUCGUGUUGGACUGAAGUGGAUGGGGCGUCCUCUCUCUCUUCAUCCACGGAUUCCUCUUCUCUGGAGGACAUUGUUCACAAAAGGAGUCGGAGCAUGAGCUUCAUGGAAGACGGAGAUGAAGUGAUGGAAUGUCUUUUCGGGAGAGAGAGUCCAAUUGAUCUGCACUUUGUGGGAGGUUUCCAUCUUCCUGCUCCCCCUCCUCCUCAGGAAAAUUCUUCAUUUUCCCAACCCCAAGCAUCUCCAGUCCCUCCACCUCCACCUCCCCCUCCUUUAAUUCACUCUUCAUCCCUGUCAUUUGAUUGUCUUCCUUCUCCUCCUUGUUUUAUGUCUCCUCCUGCACCUAAAAGUGUUCUUUACCAUAAUGAAAAGCCACGUGUAGUCAGUGAGUCACCACAGAUGCACAAGAGUUUCAGGAGCUUACGGAUACCCACUUGCGGGCAAAAAAUGUCUCAUAGUGAUGUGCGGGCGGAAUACAGAUCGCACCGCAGAUCUUAUGUGCCAACUAAGGUGUUGAGACAAAAGCUGUCAGCUAAAUUUGCAGACACAGAGGAGAGUUCCACUGACUCUGAGGAACACACAGCUGGACCUGCAUCUGCUCCAGAUGAUCACUCAGAUGAUUUUACAAGAUCAGAGCCAUCUCUUGGAGGCUCAGUGUUCGCAGCUGAAACAAAAAGCUUCUCUUUUGUUGAGGCCAAACCUAAUUCUGCAGUUCAACAACAGCAAGCUAUGGCAGCAAUCUAUGGGAAAAGGGGCAAGUCAAUCCAAGUUCAACCCCUUAACCCAGAUCAUCCAACAGAAGAUGGCACUCCAAGUCCAGUUUACGCACGAACAGCUUCUUAUAGAGAAGCGAGUUUGCAAGGGUGCUCUUUAUAUACAAAUGAAUUGAUGUCUGAAGCAGACAUCGCACCAACAGGUUUUUCUUUUGGGGCAAAACUGGCCCAGAGUGAACCUGCAGCUGGUGGAGGUUUACCUGUUUCAUGGGGGAGGACUGCACUAUUCAGACUAGAUCGCCCUUCAGCUGGGUUCACAGUACAAUCAGCAACUGCAGUGUCUUUAAGCAAGGAGCAUCCUUAUCCUCUUCAUCUAUCCUCCAUGAACAUGUCCGCAGAUCCUGAAAAACUGAAGCUCAAAUGGACAAAGAUUUUCCAGAUGCAGCAUUCAGCGGGCUACUGGGAGUUAACAACAGAACUGGGGCAAUUCAUGAAUAUCAACGUAGACCUCUUUGCCAACGUGUUCCUGAAAAACAAGGGCAUCUGUUCUCUAGGUUUGAGAGCCCAUGCUGACAUCCUGAGGCUGGUGGCGACUCUUCUGGUUCUGCAGCUGAUGAGGGUGGAGAAGCUGGAGGAAGGAAAACUUCUCCGCACACUUUUCUGCCUGAAUGACUCCUCACAGCCCAGGCCUGAGCGGUGGGAGAAAGUGAAAAGGGCGGUGGACUGGGUAUGCUGGGCUGACCAGCAGUACCCGUGUGUCUACAGCCGGUUGGAGUUUGGUUUGAGCUGGGAAUCCUCCACCCGUCAGCUGCUAGGCUAUGAAAGUCUCCUUCCCUUCUCACCUCUCAGUGGUCUGAACCUGCAGGGGACCGCAGCGCCUCUGCUAGUCCACAAAGCAGGCCAAUAAUACUGAGGGAGCAUGAAGAGAAGAUAGUGUCAAAGAAAUUGACAGCCUUUUUGAGGGGAUGAGAUUAUCUUUUAGAUUUAUUUGUACAUGCAUAUGCACAUAUUUCUUUGCCUUAUUUAAAGCAUUUUGAACCCUCUGUCAGUGUGUUUAAAUGCACAUCAGUAAGCAGGAUAUAGUCAGCUUUAUGCAGUAACGUGAUUUCUGAAACAAGUAACCUGUUUUCCUUAAUUGGGGUUGUGGAUUUGAGAAACCAGAUUUCUCCAGUUAGAUUUCUCAUGGAGAGAUUCUGUACGGUAUAUGGGUAUCUAGAGUUCUAAUUGUCUUUUUACAUAAGCACAUGCAUAAUAAAGCCUUCAGAAACGGAAAGCAUAACUGUAUGUGCAUUUCCAUCCAUCUGUUUUACGAGCAUUUUCAAUUUGAGCAAAAAAAAAAAAGCAUGUGAGUGGAAACACUGAAAAUCUCAUCAUUGGCUGAUGUAGAAAAGUUGAUGUGUCCAUAUAAACAAAAUGCAACAAAGUGCAAUUAAAACAGACUUAGCGAAUAAAUCAAGUCACAUACUGUAAAUAAGGCAUGAAACAUAUUUACAGGGAAUAUGUAUGAAAUAGUCUAUAGGUGGUGUGACGGCCUUCUGCUGUCAGCUCUAUACAUUGUGUUAUGCUUUCAUCAUUGUGGUGCAAUCUAUUCUGUUUAAUUAGAGCUGGGCAAUGCUGUAGUGUCACCUAUCAGCUGGUGAGGGAUUUCCCUCCUUGUCAUGGCCUCCAGACUACCUACUUGUAUUCUACGUCUUCAGCUGGUCUUCUCCUCCUUGUCACUGGCAUUAACCAUCAAUCUCAAGCUUGCACGGACAAUUGUCUAAACUGAUAAAUGUCACUCAGUGCAAACACCUGGGGUGGCUGUGAUUUGAUCUGAGCAGCAUCUUUGUUGUAUUAUUAACUCAGUUAUCCUGUGAUAGUUAACCCUGCUGUUGGCUUCAGGCUUGUGUGAAAUUUGUUGUACGGUUAACUCGUUGAGGCACUCGGUUAGCGGCUCUGGGACUGGGCAGUAGGUUUUAGAUUGUUUUGUUAUUUUACAUUUGUUAGCCCAUGCUCAUGCACCACACCUAGUAGCCCGUCUGUCUAUUCUGAACACCAGGCUUAAGGGGUGGUUGCUUGUGUUGUACUUCUGUUUUUACAGGUAAGAAUAAUGAAGUCAGACAGGUAUUGUUUUGUUUUGUUAACCUGGUUUUCGCAUCAGUGAGUUAGUGGGGAUCUGUUGGAAUAGGAAGUGAAAUUUUGUUUUAUUUGUUUCUUUGUUUUGGGUCCACCCGCAGCCCUUUCUUUUGUUGCUUGCCUCAGUUAUUUAAUCACACUGAGUUUUUUUGAUUAUUUGGUGUUAAUGUUUCAGUUGUAAGUCUGCAAACUCUUUUAUCGUGACCCUAAACAAUAAAUGGUAGUGCCUGCCUGACUACA